AUGAAGCAGUACCGUCUCCUACCACAGCCAAUCUGCGAGAAUUUUUCAGGCGUACUGUCACCACGCGUGUAUCGUCAUCUUCGCCAUCCCCCUUCGCGACCUGCAACCAAGGACGAGAACAACAAGAACCAAGACGAACCAGACGAACAAGGGCAACAAGAUGCACAAGAUGCACAAGAUGCGCCAAGAAGAACAGGACAUCUACAAUCCAGCCCUGUUUCUUCCAGUCGCCAAAAACCACCCACACUCCGCAGCACUUUCACCCCUGAUGACCAGAAGGGCCAUGACCGACCAGCGACCAAUCUCGAUCCCGCCAUGGUCGCUCGCUCAGCGCCAACGUUGAGAUUUUCCUCCGUGCGACACAAAGAUCCACCCCCAUCAACAUCCGAUCCACAGAGCAAAAUUCCCUCCUUCACCACCACCACCACCACCACCACAACUACAACAACAACAACAACAACAACAACAACACCCAAUAAUUCCUCAACCGUCACCACCCGGCGACAUUCCAUAAUCCAACAACAGUUACAGCACCAACAAGAACGACAACAACAACAACAACGACGACGACGACGACGACGACGCAAUACCCUCAUACAAUCGAAGCUCCCGUUCGCCCCGCCCUCCACCGGCGCUCUACAACCCCAAUCCCACUCCCAACCCCAACAGAAACCCACCAAGACGACUCCGGCCUCCGACCGGCCCUUCAAAAAGGCAAAACUGGAUGGUCGCCACUAUGACCAGGCAUCCAUCAGCAGGCCUGCAAAACUUCCCCUGUGCAGCAGGGAUUCGCAGGGCCUUCUAGCACCCUCCGAACCAUCCCUGGCUUCACGAACCCGCUCGUCCACUGGUCGCGCUACCACAACACCUACGACAACCACAGCUAUCACUGCAACUACAACUACUGAUAGACUUACCACCACCACUGCUAAUACUAAGUCCGCUGCCUCCACAAUACCGGUUCCGCCCCGCCUUACUGCAUCCCCCGCAUCCCCGUCGGCGGUAACUCGGACAACACGACAAUCUGUGCAUAUUCACCGUCACCUGCGUAACCGACCCGUGGCGGUGAAUGGAGAUGUGGAGAAUAAGGCUGCCGUGCCGACCCUCCGGGAUACAAUUGACAACAAUAAUAGUAUCAAUACCGGUGCCAAAAAUGCCGAAGCCGAUGAUGAUUUGGGAGCCCGGAAUAUGAGUAGUGGUAUCAUCGAUGGUGAUGGGCUGAAGAAUAAUGGGGUUUCUCCUUCCACCGCUGUUGUGAGCCGGGAGAAGAGAUCGUUAAGAUCCAAUGAUGGCGGUUCGAGGUCGAAGAGUGAAUUGGCGAUGUAUUUUCAGAAUUAUGAGCAGAUUGUUAGUUUGGAGCCGGUUAAGCCUGACACACGUAUUUUACUGAUCGAUGAUCUCACUCAAGCCAUUGUACUUGACCCUGAACCGACAAAAUCCCCAGCGCCCAAAUCACGAGGGAAGCAGGUUCAUAAGUAUCUUAAAAAUGGCUACACCUUGCAAUCAGCUAUGAACAACCCGCUCCUCGAGCUCCAUGACGCUCAAAUACUAGACUUGCCCUCUCCAUCAAAUAACAACAAAAAACCAUCAAAAGAUCCCCUGGAUGACGAUGUCUAUUUUAAAGCCCAUCGGAGGCUCGAACGGCAAGAAAAGCAACUUCGAAAUAUUGAACGGGAGAGGGCUCAGCAUGAGAAAGUGCAGCUUGAUCGUUUACUGGAUGAGUUGCAGGGCCAUGAUUGGCUGCGAGUUAUGGGUAUAAGCGGAAUCACGGAGACAGAGAAGAAAUUAUAUGAACCCAAACGAGCAUACUUCAUCAAAGAGGUGACGGCAUUAAUUGAGAAGUUCAGAGUGUGGAAGGAGGAGGAGAAACGGAGGAAAAUAGAAAGGGAUCAGAUCCUUGCAGAGGAGGAUGAGGAUGAAUAUAACGACGAACAUGAAACCGGCGAAGAGGAGGUAGAGGAAGAGGAAGAGGAAGAGGAUACCAACUCCCACUUCAACGAUGGGGAGCUGGGACGAUCCUCUCCACACUUUCAAACCUACGGUGAGCCCCCAGACAUCAAUGAUGUCGAUGCCUGGGCAGCCCACCAGCUCCAUCAAGAAGCCAUCUCAGCCUCCUCCACCACAGCACGCUACCGCAAUCUACGUCAUCUUCAUCCUCCUCCUCCUCCUCCCCCUCCCCCUCCUCUUCCUCUUCCACACCCAUUCACCGCCUCAAAAGCCCUCUCACCCUCCUCACCCAUUCCCACCGCUUCCUCCACCUCCACCUCCCCAACAUUCUCCACCUCCCACCAUGCCCAUACAGGCCACGAUUCUGACCAAGUCCCCCAAACCCCUAGCCCAGCAACUACAUUCACAUCAACGGGACCCUCCCUCCUCCCACCAUCCCAGCCGCAACCGCAACCAGAGGCAGAAGAACCCUUCACAUCGUUCUAUACGAAACGCUACCUGCGCGACGCCGCCAUUGGCAAAAGCAGACACGGCGGCCGCCGCUGGCGCACCAGGACAGCGACGGCGACGGCAUUCGGCCAGCCGCUGCCGGAGAUAGGAGAGCAGGAGUUCGAGUUGCCUGGUGAUAUUCUUACGGAGGAAGCCAUUGAGGCGUGUCAGAGGAAAAAGAGGAGAUUGAGGAGGGAGAGGGGAUAG